UAUAUAAACACCUCCACAAAGUAUUAUUGUAAUUAAAUAUUUAUUUAUAAAUUUAUCACAAAGACCAUGAUUGUGUUAUCAAACAUUUUUUUCUUUUAAGUAUUGUAAUUUUUUUUCUAAUUUAUUUAUCAUAAAUAAAGUUAAAAUAAAUCUAAGUUAAAAAAAAAAAGUAUAUGUUGUUUUAGGUUAGAAGAUGUUUAAAGACUCCGGUCCACGUCUGCGCCAAGAAGAGGACGUCUAAACAUUUUUAGGUCUGCAGUUUUCAAAGAAACAAACAGUCUAUAAAACCUCGCACGUGAUCUGCACGGCACAGACAAAACACAAAAGAGACCAAAACAAAAAACAAACAACAACUUAAUCUUCAAAGAAUUUUAGAAUGAAAAAAAAAAAAAAAACUUCAGUAAAAAAUAGUCUGCAACAUAGGUUCUAUUUGGAAAAUAGAUGGGUUGUGAAAAAAUUAUACCCAUAUAAAUGUAUACAAAGAAACACAACAUAUGCAUUUCAGUGCUCAUAGAAUUUCACAGCUUUCAAUGGCGUUUUCUUUUUCAAGAUAUGCUUUCGGUUUCUUGAUGUUUGUAGUGGCAUGUUUUACAAUUGGUAACUCACAACCCAUGCUGAACUCAGUUGAGCAAGAAUCAGUGUACCGAGUGCUUGAAUCGCUCAACUCUGACGUCCCAUGGCGGUCUCUCUUCCCUGACGAUCUCUGCUCCUCCGCCCCACACGGGGUCGUUUGCGACUACGCAAGCGUCACCGGAACCCUAAACAUCGUCGAGCUUAGUUUCGGGUACGUUUCCGAUUUCAACUCCAACCCGACCUGCUCACCAAACUCCACUCUACUUGACCCGUUUCUCUUCUCUUCUUUUCCCCACUUACGUAAACUCUUCUUCUACAAAUGCUUCACCCAACAGCCCGUUUCUUUACCUGAUCUCUCACGGGUUGGUUCGGUUCUUGAAGAGCUUGUAUUCAUCAACAACCCAACCCUUUUUGGUUCAUUGAGUGACAACAUCGGUAACAUGACUAGCUUACGCCGGUUGAUCAUCACCGGAACGAAAGUUUCCGGCAAAAUCCCGGUUGGGUUUGGCGAGUUAACAAAUCUAGAAGAAGCUACACUUUCACGAAACAGUCUCACCGGAGAAAUUCCGGAAAAUGUAUCAAACUUGAAGAAACUUAAAGUUCUUGACCUCAGCCAGAAUGGGUUCAGUGGAAAUGUUCCGGGAACAAUAGGAGGAUUAGAGAAUCUGUUGAAGCUCGAUUUGAGUUCCAAUUAUUUUUCCGGCGAAAUCCCGGAGACGAUGAAGGGUUUAAGGGUUUUGGAGUUUUUGGAUUUGAGUGAUAACGGAUUGGUGGGUGGUGGGGUGCCUUUGUUUCUGUCCGAAAUGAGUAAACUAAAGGGGGUCUACUUGAGUGGGAAUGAAUUAGGAGGGGUGAUUCCCGACAUAUGGAAGAACUUGCGGGGUGUUAACGGAAUUGGGUUAUCAAGAGUAGGGUUAGUCGGGGGAAUUCCAGUUUCAAUGGGGGUAUUUCUUGGAAAUUUGAGUUAUUUGGGUCUUGAUAACAACAAGCUAACAGGGGAAGUCCCAAAGGAAUUUGAGAAUUUAGAGUUAUUGAGCGAGUUGAAUUUGAACAACAACAAUUUGAGUGGGAAGAUACCCUUUUCUGUAGGGUUUAUGGGUAAAGUCGGAGGGAAGUUAAGGUUAGAAGGGAACUCAGAGUUGUGUGUGGAUGAAGGCGUAAUUAAUUCAUUUUACAAGGUGAAGAUAUAUAACGCGGUUGAAAAUCCCAGAUCUGCCCUUGUCUAUGGGUAUGGCAUUAGCUCUUCAAGGAGAGUUGGUGAUAGUACAUGUUGUUGGGCAUUGAUUUUGGUUUGGGUGGUUGUUAAUUUGUUAUGAUAGAGACGAUUUUGAUGUAGCUAACAAACCAAAUCAAACCAAACACAUUUUGUUAUGUGACUUGCAAAUUGCAAUGGGAAGAAUGUAAUUAUAGUU